AUGUUGUUCGGCUUCCUCGCUCUCUUUUUUGGGGCGAAAUUAAUGAAUGGGGUAUGUGGCGGAUGGCCGUUGUUCUUUUCCCUCAGUGGAAUUUCAAAAGGGCGAUGCCGCGAUGAUUUCAACGUGGAUUCUUUAAAGAGUGUGGGGAAUGGAUCCCAUUCUCCUUCACAGUGUCGCUCUUUAUUGUUGGGCGUGGUGUGCGGGGCGGCGGCCCGGCAGAUCAGAACCCCAGCAAACAAUAAAAAAAAAAGAAACGGGGGAAAACCAAAACAAUACGAAAAGCAUGGGGUUUGGGAAUUGGGGGUUGUGAAAUAA